AUGUCGGGAAAGCUAUCGGACCGGGACUCGCCCCGAGGGGUGUCUCCCGUCGGCAAGAGCCACGUCGACCGGACCAACGUCGACGUCGAGGCUGCGGCGCCCCGAGGUUUCGCCCAGUGGUUCGGAGGGCCCAAGACCACCGUCGGCCCUCGCAUCGGGCCCGUUCUGGACAGCAUCACCAUCGCCGCCGAGGACUCCGAUGACAGCGCGAGCGCCAUCUUGCACAGGCAGAAGGAGGCUGAGCAGGGCGCUGAUAUCCAGUAUCGAAGCUGUAGUUGGCAGAUGACUGCCGCCCUGCUCUUCUCCGAGUAUAUAUGUCUGGUCAGUAUCCCCAACCUCCCGCGCAGCCAUGGUGCUGCUCUUGUGGCCCCCUAUCUGAGCAACAGUCUCAAGUGGCGCAGGGCCGCGUUCUGUAUUGGCGCUAUCAUGAGCUUCCCUUGGUCAUAUAGCAUAUUGGGACUUUUCCCUGGCCUGCUUCUCACCGUGGUGGUGUCUAUGCUUGUGCUCUAUACUUCUCUGAUCCUGUGGGAAUUUUGUCUCCGUCAUCCCGAGGUUCGUGAUGUUUGCGACAUAGGUCAGAUGAUCUUCUGGAAUCAGAAGUGGGCAUGGUGGUUCACGGCCGUCAUGUUCCUGCUGAACAAUACUUUCAUCCAAGGGCUCCACGUCCUGGUCGGCGCAAAGUAUCUCAACACCAUGACGGCCGCCGAUGACAACGUCGCCUGCCGAACCGUCAGCUAUUCGGUCAUCAUGCUCAUCAUCUGCUGGAUUUGUUCUCUGCCCCGAACGUUCGAGGCGCUCUCGAAGCUCGGCGCCGCUUCCGCGGGGUUCACGUUCAUCUCGGUGCUGCUAGCCACCAUCUUCGCCGGAGUCGAGAAGCACCCAGCCGGCUACGAUCCCCGGCCCACCUACACCACAGCCGCGGGCAAGGACGCUGUCGGAGGUGACCCACUCUGGACUGCAUUGCCUGUUGCUGGGACCACUUUCGUCGCUGGCAUGAGCGCGUUCCUUAACAUUAGCUAUACUUUCAUCGGCCAGAUCACUCUGCCUAGCUUCAUUGCUGAGAUGAAGGAACCAAGGGAUUUCCCCAAGGCGCUUUGGGCCUGCACCAUUGCCGAGAUCAUUGUCUUCGGCCUGGUCGGAUCCAUCAUCUACGUCUACACGGGCAACCAGUACAUGACUGCACCCGCAUUCGGCUCUCUUGAGGACGUCUACAAGAAGGUCUCCUUCUCCUUCAUGAUCCCAACUCUGAUCUUCCUUGGAGUACUCUACGCGUCGGUGUCAGCUCGAUUUGUGUUCUUCCGCAUCUUCCAGAACUCCCGCCACAAGAGCGAGCACACCCUCAUCGGUUGGGGAACGUGGGCCUUGAUCCUUCUGAUCACCUGGAUCGUCGCAUUCAUCAUCUCUCAGAUCAUCCCCUUCUUCUCCGACCUUCUCUCCCUCAUGUCUGCCCUGUUCGACAGCUUCUUCGGCUUCAUAUUCUGGGGCGUCGCCUACUUCCGCAUGCGCAAGGUCGACGGCAGCCUGGCGCUCAUGAAGCAGCGCGGAAUCUGGGGCUACGCCGAAGCAGGCUUGAACAUCCUCAUUAUCCUCACAGGCAUUCUUUUCCUCGGACCUGGCACGUACGCCAGUGUUGAGAGCAUUUUGCUGGACUUUGAUCCCUCGUCAGGCGGUGUCUUUAGCUGUGCCAGCAAUGGACUAUGA